GAACUUUGGAUUACUAUCGCAAAUUCUAAAGAUGCAGCAAUUAAGCAUGCGACAGAAAAAAGUUUCAGAGUUCAAUCUCAGGACGCGAACGCCAAGAAGCUUUAACAUGCAGGCGCAAAAAUUGGCCAGCGGUUUGUUAAGACACAGUGCCAUGGCCAAGAAAUAUUUGCCCGAGGGUCGCUUGCCACAUUACACGGAGUUCAAGCGGUUAGUGCAUGCGAUCUAUGGCAAUAACAAUGUGGCGAAUCAGUGCAGAAGUAUGAAGGUCUAUGAGAGCCUCAAGGAUCUGCGGCAUCUGCAGCUGAUUCGGUAUUAUUGUAAGCAGGCCAAGUCAGUGACUCAGACGCGACUGUCGCCUCAAAUACACAAAUCCUAUGUGGAUGUGAAGGGGAAACAUCAGGAUCUCAGCUACAAACAGGAUGUCUAUUGCAAGAACCUUGAGCUCUUAAGUCACAUCAAUGGCAUUCAGCGAGUUUGUGGCAGUGUCGAUUGCUUUAAUCGCAACUUUCAGGCUAACGAGCCGAAUCGCUUUCAAAUCAAUAAGGAUGCCGAAGAGUUGAAACGAGCAAAUCAUCGCAUUGGUUGUCGACUGCUGCGUGUUAAAUCCAAGGUGGACUCGUUCAAUCCGAGCUUUCUGCAGCCACCAACUGAUUUGCAUGAUGCACCCGCCGAUGUGGUGCAAAAGUAUAGCUCCUAUAUGCCGCUGGUCUCGCCUAAAAAACGUGUACACAGCGCCAAGGAGCUGCUGCGACCGAUCAUCUACUUUGAUCUGUCUGUGCGUAAGAGUCAACUUCUGGGUCGCCUCUCCAUUCAACUCUACACGGAGGUUAGUCCGGCAGUUGUGCUGGAAUUUGUACGUCUGGCCGCCGACAACGAUGUUCAGGCGCACAAAUUCACGCACAUCUUUCCGGAUCUGUGGAUGAGAGGUGCACUGUCAUUGCAAUCCCGUGAUGCUCUGGAAAAUCAUCAUACCAGCCCAUCACCGUUGGAUGCCAGACAGCAAAAGGGUUUGCUCUCGUACUCGUGGAAUCAUCGCAAGCAAUUCCCCAACGGAUUGUUGCUCUAUACAAUUACCUUCAAGACGCUGGCGGAUCCACUGCAACGGGUUAUCUUCGGUCGUGUGCUGAGUGGUGUGAGACUGCUCGAGGUCUGUCGGGAGUAUGGCACCAAAGGUGGCCAUCCCAAACGGAGCGUGGAGGUUGUCAAAUGUGGGCUGCUCUAGCUUAAGAUGCAGAUGGAAAUGGAGGAGAGUAUCUUGGGGAAUACCUAAAUCUGUAGCAUACUUUUCUGCGCCAGUGCGCACUCACAUUUCCACCAAAUUCCCAAACAUAUAUACAUGUAUAAAAAAAAAAUUAUGAAGUAUG